AUGGAGAGAGACGACCAAGACCAUUCGCAGAACUCGGCUGCCUUUUCCUUUGACAAUGGAAGUCAGCUGAGCUUUGGAACAAGCCAGCCCUUCCAUCUUACACAGUACAACUCUGAGAAUAUACCAGAGAUUAUUGAGGACAUGAAGUCAACAUACACCCAGGAGAACGUCCGUGUCGUAUGGGGAACAACCAUAAACAUACAAGAGACAAUUGAUCUGUUCAAAGAGUUUAUCCGCACAUUUACUACACAGGAUGGAGUGCCCGUGUAUUUGCACCGCAUUGAAGAGAUGCACGAACUAGAAGACUAUGUUAUAACACUGAACUGCGCGCAUCUGAAAGGCACAGCAUAUGACCGAAUUCUGACAGAAAUACUGGCAUAUCCCGUUGAGAUAUUCCCGUUGCUGGAAAUAGCAAUAUCUGACCUGUACUUGGAGAAGUACCCAUCUACUCCGCCUAUGAUUAAGGUGCUUGUAAAGAAUGUUGGCAACCACAAAAACAUCAGGGACCUUCUUCCAACGGAUGUAGAUACAACAGUUGAAAUAACCGGAAUGGUAACAAAGACAAGCGGAAUAAUUCCAGACAUUACAACAGCAGCAUAUGUGUGCAAUAAGUGCCGGGAGGUACUGACAACAGAGGUUGUGCGAGGAGUAAUUGCAGAGCCAGUGGACUGCCCAUGCGGCCAGAAGUUCUCAAUGGAGAUGGACAGCAGUCUUUCUUUGUUCCAGGACAAGCAGGUCAUUAAAGUACAGGAGCUGCCUGAGUCAGUCAGCGAUGGGCUGGUGCCCUGCACAAUAACAGUGCUUGCCUCACACGUUCUUACAGACGGACUUGUUCCAGGAGACAAAGUAAGAAUUGCUGGAAUAUUCAGAGCAGUCCCCUUAAAGCUGAACUAUAUCCAUAGAACAAUAAAAAGUUCGUUCAAGACGUAUAUUGAGAUGGCUAGCUACACAAAAAUAUCCGAGGAGAAGAUAAGGCAGGACACAUUUGGAGUUCUUGAGGAGAUAGAAGCACUGCGCAACUCAGAGAACGUGUACGAGAAGCUGGCCCUUUCAAUUGCCCCAGGGAUAUACGGCAUGCUUGAUGUGAAAAAGGCACUUCUUCUGCAGAUGUUUGGAGGCGUGACAAAGUCCUUGAAUGGGGCUAGAUUCAGAGGAGACAUAAAUGUGCUUCUAGCAGGUGAUCCGGGUGUGGCAAAAAGUCAGCUUCUGCUGGCUGUCCACAGACUUAUUGACAGAGGCGUAUACACUUCAGGAAAGGGGUCAAGUGCAGUGGGUCUAACAGCAAACGUGUCUCGGGAUAUGGACAGCGGGCAGCACAUACUUGAGUCAGGGGCUUUGGUCAUAAGUGACGGGGGCGUCUGCUGCAUCGAUGAGUUUGACAAGAUGGGCGAGUCUACACGAAGUGUCCUGCAUGAGGCAAUGGAGCAGCAGACUGUGAGCAUAGCAAAGGCAGGCAUAAUAACCACGCUUAAUGCAAGAUGCUCAAUCUUGGCAGCCUGCAACCCCAUUAACAGCAGCUAUGACCCAAAGAAGAACAUCAUUGAAAAUCUGGACAUUCCCCCAACCCUGCUGAGCAGAUUUGACGUAGUCUGUCUUCUUCUGGAUAAGGUAAAUGAAAAGAGAGACAGAGAGAUAAGCACGCACAUCAUCAAGUUAUACGCAGGCACUGAAAAGCCCGUGAGUCCGCCAGUCAAAGAGAGCACUCUUAAGCAGUACAUAAAAGAGGGAAGAAAUAUAGUGCCAAGAAUAACUGAGCCAGCUGCAGAGAAGAUAUCCAAGGAGUAUCAGGAGCUGCGUCUGCUAGGAAAUGGCAAGAGUGUAACGGCAACCACCAGACAGCUAGAAAGCAUCAUUCGCCUUAGCGAAGCACAUGCUAGAAUGCGAUUGUCGCAUACCGUUGAAGAGCAGGAUGUUUCAGAGGCAAUUCGCAUCAUAAAGGACUCAUUGCACAUAUAUGCAGUGGACCCAGUAACAGGAAGAAUUGACAUGGAGCUGCUGCACACUGGAAAGACAACAGCUUCCCUAAAGCUAGAAGAAAACAUGAAGGAGCUUAUACUUCGAAGAAUAGGAAAGGGAAGCACAGUGCCCAAGCUAAUGGAAAUGAUUAAUAGCACAGCAAGAGUGCAGGAAAAAGUUCUUAUGGAGAUAUUGGAAGAGCUUCAAGAAGAUGGAAAGAUCAUGAUAGAUGGCCUCUGCAUAACCCUAAACUAA